AUGAAUACUAUCCUGUGUUUUGCUCUUUUGGUGUGUGUAUGCUUGGCAUAUGCAUUGGCGCUACCGUACCCGGAUGAAAUAAUGGCUCAAACAGAAGGCCUACAAGCGGAAGAAUCUAGACAUGGAAGUUGGGGCGGAAAUAAUUGGGGACGCGGUGGAGGUGGCUGGGGAUACGGCGGUGGCUAUGGACGAGGAGGUGGCUGGGGCCACGGUGGUGGUUGGGGACACGGUGGCGGUUGGGGACACGGUGGCGGUUGGGGACAACAUGGAUGGGGACGCGGCUGA